GGCGAUUAGUGAUGUCAUAAUGACAUCAUCGGGAAGUGUAAUAUUCACCGACGGAGACAUGUUAACGUUCUUGCUGCAGGAUCGGUUAAUUUGGAAUUAAAUUGUGACUUAUUGUGAAGCAUGGGAAAAUGUUAUUUCAAUAGAUCAGUUCUAAGCAAUCACAAGUGAUAAAUCCACCUAUAGCAGCUUUCAAAAGGAAUUGUACAACUGACUGAAGAGUGAAACCAGUGGUGGAAUAUUAGCAACUCAAUGUUGAAAUCCUGUUAUAGAGCUGUGUCAUAUUUGAAUGUGUUGUACAAUGCGACGACGGCCCUGUGUUCGUUGUAUGCCUUCUUUCUGGUUUUUGCUGUGUCUUUCACUCUGGACAGCUUCUUUCUCGAAGAUUGAAUGCUGAUGCCUUGUUAGACCAGAGUCUCUGCUACCCUGCCUUGUUCUGUAGAGCUGCACCUCACACGGCUUCACUCUGUUUACCACGACCAUGGGGCGUAAGAAAAUACAGAUCUCACGCAUCACAGAUGAACGUAAUAGACAGGUAACAUUCAACAAGCGAAAAUUUGGAGUAAUGAAGAAAGCUUAUGAACUGAGUGUUCUCUGCGACUGUGAGAUUGCACUUAUUAUCUUCAGCAGUUCCAACAAGUUGUACCAAUAUGCUAGCACCGAUAUGGACAAGGUACUCCUCAAGUAUACUGAAUACAAUGAGCCACACGAGUCACUCACCAACAAGAACAUUAUUGAGGCUUUGAAUAAGAAGGAACAUAAAAAUGGUACAUGUAGUCCAGAUAGCCCAGAGGCUGACACGGAUUACCAGCUCACACCACGUACAGAAGCUAAAUACAGCAAGAUAGAUGAAGAGUUCCAGAUGAUGAUGCAGAGAAAUCAGCUUAAUGGAAGCAGGGUUGGUAUGAAUCAAGGAAACUACUCCCUUCCAGUAACAGUGCCAGUAAACAGCAGCUAUGGGGACUCAUCCAUGCUGCAGACUAGUCCCCAGAUGCCUCAUACUAGUGUUAGUCCACGGCCUUCCUCUUCAGAGACGGACACAGUGUAUCCGUCCGGUGGGAUGUUGGAGAUGAGUAAUGGCUACCCUAAUUCAUCGUCACCACUCGGAGGUUCACCAUCCCCUGGACCUGGACCCAGUCCAGUGCUCUCCAGCAAGAACUUGCAACAUACCAAGCAACACUCUCCAGGUGCUGGGAGAGCUAACCUGCGAGUGGUAAUUCCCACACCUCAGGGCCACAACCUCACUUCUGAUGAACCAAGUCGGAGCACGUCAACAUUAAACACUCCUGUAGUUGCGCUGCAAACUCCGUCCAUACCUGGUUUGGGAGGCUAUCCAGGUUCUUUAUCUGCUUUUGGUGGGCAAGACUUCAGUGUGGGACCCGACAUGGGCCUUGGUACACUGAGCUGGAGUCAUCAGUUGCCCACAUCGUUAGCUCAUACUAGUGGUCUGCCUCAUUUAGCUGUAUCAAGCAGUACACCACCUCCCUCCACAUCUCCACUGCCUGUGAAGAUCAAGAGUGAACCUAUCUCCCCUCCUCGUGAUGGGAACAGCCACUCACAUGCACUUGGCCAUCCACUCAGCCACCUGCAAAGCCAUGGUCAUGGUCACACAUUGCCACGGCCAAGUUCAACUGGUCACCUCACACCUACACCAGGAACUGUAACCCCAACAAACUUGUCAUCACCAGGCGAUCCACGGCACAGCAGCAGUAGUGACUAUGACAGUGGGCCAAUUCAGAAACGUGCCCGAAUCAAUGAAGGCUGGGCUUCAUAGUGAAGCAGCCCAUCACAUGGGAGCACCUCACCUCAGUCUUGGAUCUCCUCAUGUGAGCCAUGAUUAAAUGCUGCAGUUGUGUGACAAGAGGAUUAUGUGCCAUCCAUUGUACCAUUGCAGUCACCAGAGUUGUUAAUCAGGCAUGUGGCAGACCAGUGUGUGAAUACUAGUGCCUGUAACAGUAAUGGUUGGCUGGCAUCAUUUUGGGUUUUGCUCAAGAAGAAUCCGGUUCAGUGCAGUCAUGCUAUAAGUGAUAGUAGUAAUAAACACAUCCACCAUGUACCUUUUGCACAGGAAAUUCAGAUCAGUCUUUAAAAAGAAAGGAUCAGAAUGUUAAAAUGACAACCUAUGUAAAGAAUUGUUUGCAGAUAUAUAACCAGUCAGAUGAGCCAUGUUCCACAUGGCAGUUGAUCUUCAGCGUACUUAAAUUUGUCAUUUGGAAAAUUGCCCAUUGCAUGUAUAGAUUCUGAUGAGUGCAUGUGCUUGGUGCAAAUAUGUCCCCCUCCCUCACAGCUGCCUCAUUCCUACACAGAAGACAGUGAAGCAGUCCAUGUGAUGAAGUCCAAAUUGUUCUGUAGAUAGUUUUAUCAGAUGCAAAUAUAUAUCAUUGACUUAGACAGAAUUGUGUAAAGAGAUGUUUUUGUACUUGAUUUUUGUUGUGUGCAGUGCUGCGUGACUACUGUGUAGCCCCCAGAUGAGCAUCUAUUUUACUAAGAAAGCAUGCGAACAUUCCCUAUAGUCAUGCUUUGUUACUUGUUUCCACAGCCAGAUGGAGUACUUAGCACAUAAAGCAUGUACGUUCUGUGUAAAGUCAGGUUCCCUUAGUGUCAUACUGGACUGGUAAAUCACAAGCCGUGAUUUUUUGUUUUUGUAACUCAGUAUACAAAUACUGAUAUCACAUCAUUGUGUACAGUGUGAUUAUUAUAUAUAUUUUCUGAGACAAUAUUAAUUUCAGUAACAUGCAGUAUGGUUUUUAAGUGUAAUGUAUGUGUUUUAAGUUUUGUGUUGCCAUGCUAAAUUUGGUGCUUAAUGACUGUAGGCAGGUUGACACUUGCUGUAUUGGUAGACACUUCCUUUCUGCUUCAACACAUCACACACACUGCACGAGACUAAUACACAGUCACCAAAGUUGUUGGCAUCCAACAUCAAAUGGAAUGCACUAUUCUUAUACAUAUAUAUAUCUUUAAUAGUGAAUCCUGGUUGGUUCUUCCAACAUGCAGAAAUAGGUCUUGUUGGCCAAAACACGGGGCCGAAUCAAGUUAUUGUUGCUGUUGUUAUAUCAUGGUACUAGAGUUACACAUAUUGUAGGAAUGGUUUUAGCUUAAGAGACCACCACUGGUAGAGUAGGAGUUCUCUGAAACAUGUAACUAAAUGAUCAAGCAUGCAAAAGCUCUGGGCAUAUGAUCAGGUAUUUCUGAAAGUGUUACUGUAUAAAUUGCCUACCUUAUGGAUAUUUUUUUUUUGUUCUACUUUAUUUCAGUUUAUCGGUUACAUUUGUGUAAAUGCUUUUGCCAGUGUUUUGAGGGUCUCCCUAAUCAUAAUUCUGUCUGAAGGAAACUACUACUUUUUUUCCCCAAAUUUAAAACUAUGUGUGUGCACUUUUUCAGGACCAUGUAACCAUACCAUGGAUCACAUUAUUCUUAGAUGUAACUCUGUACAUAUAUACCCAAAUUGUUUACAUUAUGUCCAUGAUGAAUUGGGAGAAACAGUCAGGUUUCUGACACGUAGUUAACCUACCACAGUGUUCACUAUUAGCCUUCUGAAGAUAUUUGGUGGUAGAGCAACUGUUUCACUGUAUUUUAACUACUGAUGCACCUCUCACAGUAGGUGCAGAUCAUGUCCUUCAUAUCUCCACUUAGGAUGCCUUACUCCGAGUGCCUCAAACAUGUGCUUGUCCACUCUGGGUUCUGACCGAUUACAUUCAUAUGUCAAUUUUGCACAACUCCUUGUCUUUGGGGCUGCAAACGUUGGCAGAACUUAUCUGCUCAGGAACUGUAUAAUGGUUCUGCAUUGGAAAUUCUUUGGAAUGUGGCAGUAUGUUAGAAAACAAUUUGAAAAGUUGUUUUGUUAUGUGAUGUAGUACAGCUCUACCAGUGGAGGUUUGUUUAUUGUAGGAUCAUAUACCUCUGGUUAAUGUAUUUUAUAAAAUUGAAAAUUGAAAUUUUGUAAACACCAGAGAUAUUUUAACGAUAUUUACUAUUAUUAUAUCGAGAUAUUAUAUUUUAAUAUGAGAUUGCAGCCCCAAUGGUCUUUAUGACCCUUCUCUGACACUCUGUGCCUUCACUUUCCUCAUUCCACUCACUAACUUUACACGGCGAAAAGCAAUCAAAAUUUUAACAGAUUUUCUAUGAAGCACAAGUACUAAAACUUUAGUGAGAAUGUCUUACUAGGUGAGUCCAGUGAGAUAAUGUAUUUGUAUAGAAUGUGUCCAGGGAUGCACAGUUUGUAUAGCCAAUGUGAUGAUAGAAAAGAUCUAUUUUGCUGUCUGUAAUAAAACCACCGUGCUUGUAUAGAAGUGUCAUUGCUUUUGUCUUCCAUCGGAUGGAGCUGCAGUAUCUGUUAUACCAGUAGACUUGCAGGUGUUUAAUUCAAAUACUCAUGCUGAUGAACCAUGUACUUAGCUCUUCAUUUAAAUCCAGAAUAUUUCUAAGUUGUUGUAGUAAUUAUUGGUUUUAUACCUGCUAAAGUGCAAUAUUAUGUUAUAAAUUUAAUAUAAUGUAGUCUAAAUUGUUUCACAAGAAUUGCUUGUAGUCAUAAAACCAUUGUUCUGUUUGGACUGGAGCAAACAAAAAAUCCCCCUGCUGGUCAUCGUCCUCCCUAGAGACCAUGUAUGGCAGCCAUAUUGGUGUGGGGUGUUGUUUUCUCAUGUACUCAACAGAUGUCUGCCAUACAUGAUACAAAUAAAGAUUUGGAUGUGA